AUGCUGCACAAGCUGCGGCGUGAAGCAGCGCCUGAAAUCCAUGUACCAGUUCCUCGAGUGCGCAAAGUCCCCGAUCCCGUCACGGAUACGAGCUUCUCGCAAAGAGCGUCACAUGUACCACCAGAUGCGUACGCACAUGCACCAAGCGCGGAUGGACUUCCGCAGCUCAUGUGGCCUCUGGAGGAUCAGGAUCAGAUCCGAGUAUGUGACCCAGAAGACCCAGAACUUGCAUCGACACUCCGCGUCGUGUACGCGCCAGGGCAUGCCGCUGAUCAUGCCAUGCUCUGGCUGGAGGAGGACCGAAUACUGCUAACGGGUGACAAUGUAUUGGGUCGAGGCUCAACGGUAUUUGAAGACCUCAUUCAGUACAUGUACAGCCUGCAGCGCGGACUUUCUCUCCUCGAUGCCAGCAAGGCGACACCGCUCGGUGUGACCGGGACACCCAUGUCGGGUAUGUCUCAGGAGAAUGUCUUGUUUCCCGGACACGGUCCCGUCAUUCCCAAGGGUAAAGAAGCUCUACGCCGAUAUCUUCGGCACCGAGUAGAGCGUGAGGAGCAGCUCAUUGCAUUGUUCCUUUGCCAGCCUGGUGACAAGGGCCAAGUGACGAAUGCUACCGCGUACCCGCUCCGCUUCAUUAAUCAAGCCUGUGCGACUGUGCGAACUAGGCAAUACACAUGGACACUACGUCAGUUCGUAAGCACGCUGUAUGAAAAUUACUCGCUGAGAGCAUAUCCUGCUAUUGCGCGUGUACUACUAUUGCACUUGCAAAAACUAAGCAUGCGCGUCAGCGAUCUGGACAAGCCGCCAUAUGCUUUGACUGAGCCUAUAAACUCGACACCUCGAGCGAUGCAUGCCCCUCUUGUACAGUGCAUGGUCCGCCCUUCAUAUCAAUAUACGGCACGUCCAUGUCCUGACUUGCCGCGAAAUGACCAAGAGUGGCGCGAAGCACUCGACUUGCCAUGGCAGCUCGUCGCCUUAUAG